UGGUAGGAGAAGCACCAGGAGAUUUAAGCCGGGUCUCCGGGGGACCAGAGCAGUGUGUUCUGAGAGUUCAAAACACUUGAGAGAACUGACUUAACCCCUUGGCUUACUCCUUGAAUAAGCACCAAACUGAGAGAGCCUGGUAGCUGCCCAGCUAUAGUCUGCAACAAACAAGGGUAGUUCCAACCUGAGUGUCUGUUGAUUUUUCCACUUACGUUAAUGAAUAAGGCAGAAGUGAAAUAGCAAAAUUGUAUGUUGGAACUUUACAUGUUUGUCAAUGACUUAAGCAACUUCUUUCCUAAAUCAGAGAAUAGCUUACAAAUACUGGAAGGCUAUUUCCUCAUAUUUUUUUGUGCCCACAAUAUAACAGCUACAGAUACACUUUUAAGUUAAGUCUGCAUCAUUAACAUUUUCUCUAUCACUUUAGUCUAGACAGUCAACAAAACAAUAAAUCAAGGCCUCACUUUUGGCAUUUGCUGAUUUCCAUGGUAUACAUAACUCUCAAGUAGCUGGUUUCAAGAUAGUGACCAGCGUGAAGUUCCUGAACACGCAGAGAAGAGAUACGCAACAGCAGUACGCUGUUGUAUGGUGUUUCUACCGCAUAGAAGCAAAUAUCCUCAGGGUAUAGAGAGGAGUAAAACGUAAUUAAGAAGUGAUGAGUUUGGGCUGUUUAUUAACUUUGUUUUUUAUGUAAUUUAAUUGUAAGUUUAGAUAAUUUUUAAUGGUGAUUGUGUUUAACAACUGGCUUGUAAAGUGCCUGAAAAUUUAACAAUUGGAUCUUGUGACCUUUUUUGCACUGGCUCCAGCAUACCCCUGGGUCACUAAUUCUUUCUUGGCCCGCUGUUUCCAAAUAAAUAAACCUCUCUGCUUUGUUAACUACCUGGUGUUAAAAAAAAAAAAAUUCUCAUUUUAUCCCAUGAGAUGGGGAAGGGAAGACUGGGGUCAAGUGCUGUCCCCCGUCUGAGCGUUGCUGGCCGGGGGACGGCCUGAUUUUAGGUGAAUGGUUCACACUUAGGAAGUUUGUGAGGCUUCACUGUGAAGGGGAGGAUUGAAGCCUGAGGGUUUCUCGAGAGCCUUCCCUGCUGUUUGGGCCAGCUCACUGCUGUCUUGGCACAAUCUUGGGAGAGUCAUUUUACUCGUGUUUGGGGGGAGAUUGAGUGACACAUGGAACAGGCCACAUUACGGCUAGUUUGUAGCAAGCAGGAAAGGGGAGAGAAGAACCCUCCUCACCCCAAAUCCUUCCUUUCCUCUUCUUUUUUCCUUUCCUGUUGUCACCCAUCACAUUCCCUGAUGUCAUUCCUGCCAUUGUGAGCUGACAGGCUCUCCAGCCUGCUGGACAGCCCGUCACUAAGCCCGGGAACUGGCUGGAUGUCUAUAAAGGAUCUACCACUGUGAUCCUUGGGGUGACCUCCUCGGUGCCCUCCUUGCCACUCCCCAACGUCCUCCUGAUGGCCAACGUCACCUGGCCCCAGGGUCAGUCUUCCACCCGGGGCAUACCUGGUUGUGCUCCAGUCAUCACCCUCAGCAGGAUUCUCCCUCUGAAGUAUGUGGAGCUACGAAUCUGUGACCGGCUCCAACGCAUCCUGAGGGUUAGGACAGUGGCUGAAAAGAUCUACUACCUGAAGCUCCACGAAGAACAUCCAGAGGCAGUGUUUCAAUUCUGGAUCCGCCUGGUGAAAAUUCUGCAGCAAGGUCUGUCCAUCACCACCAAAGACCCAAGAAUCCAGUUCACUCACUGCCUAGUGCCCAAGAUGUCCAGCAGCUCCACCGGAACAACACCAGAAAGCAGCCUCCCAUCAUCCUCCCAGCCCAGUGAAAGCUUCAUGCUGUUGGCAGCCGAGCAGACCAGUGGCAGUUUCUCACAUCUCGCAGGAAGGUCCCAGCUCCCAGCAGACAGAAACACCGAUCCUGCCACUGAAGUAGACAAUUCCGACAGCUGCCACAAGACAGUCUCGCCUGUGGUUUCUCCGAUCAAUAUGAAUGUACCCAUGAGAGCGGUCUUGAGUCACAGCCUCUGGGAACAAGACAAUCCAGAUGAGCACUUCCUUCAGACUCCUGUAGCCAGUUCCCUAGGACAGAACUUUUUGGGACCCUGACACUUAGCCAAAAUGGGGUGCUCUUCCCUGGCUUCAUUCAGUGCACUUGCUACAACCUCCUAUAAUGCUGUUUUCCCACUGUGGGCCAAAUUACCAUGGGAGAGGUAAGAUGGUGUUUAUAACAAAGUGCUUCUGUCCUUCCACCAAUAAACCUCCAAGUAAGUCUUUAAUUGCUGUCGGCUGUGCCGUGGGGGCUCCAGGCUGGGCAAGGAAUGAUUAGGAGCAGCAGAUCACUCCUUGUGAAAAUAAGUGGGAAAAAUGUUCUGUCUCUGCUCAAUUGAAACCCUAAAGCAGCCAAGAAAGCUAGUCCAGAGGAAAGGGCCUAGGGAGAAAUCCAGCUUCCUCUUUCAGAGGGGGAGGGUGGGGGACCGGGCUGGGCUGCUACAAGCCCAAAGUGAAAGAAAUCCUGAGAAUGCUAGUGACCAACUGGAAGACACCUUUGUGUUGCCCGCUUACCUCGUGCAAGAAAUUGAGUCUUUAUCGCCCCACUCCCUGUGUUAGGGUAAAGCUAUAAAGACUCACCCUGGGCCGUGCAAACUUUGGUUGCUAAGGAAGACAUGGCUUCUGGUAAGGAAGAUGGUGACCACCCAUCAAUGAAAGUCCUAAUUGACUCUUCCUACUCAGGACCUAAUGAAAGCAAACUGGAAGCACAGUGUCUGUGUGUAUCAGGGAUGGGGCAGGAGCUUUGGCCAGCCUCCGGACAAGUGGGGAAUAUUUACUUGGAGGAUACUACCACAACAUUCAAUGAGUAUUUAUUGAGCUCCUGCUAGGUGCCAGACACUGUGCUCAAUGCUGGGUAUAUUAGAGAGAACAAGACAGAUGGACAGUUACAUGCCUUUAGGAAAGGUAUGGGAGGGAUACCGAACCCUAUUUUGGAGACACAGAAAGGCCAUUAAGGUUGCCAUGAUGUUUGAGCUACUUGGUCUGCAAAUAAAGGCUGGAAGGACGUGUUUUCACACUGUAGGAAAUAUAUUGAUGGAGGGAGAAAGAAUAUAACUACCCUCCCCUUGUACAUGCGCAGUUGGGCUGAGCAGUAAAUCCUAUUGGGUCAGAAAAGAUAUCUAAGCUGAGAGGACACCUAAUGUUCGUGGGUUUCCUCCUGCCUCCAAUAAAAAUACUAACAAAACAAAUUUCCUUUCCCCAUGUCACAAUCAAAUAUGGUGAGCAUUAUUGUUGCUGGUGAGAGACAUCUAGAAGCUGAACUUAGAAGAGGCUAAUGUGAAGGGUGACCAUACUUCCCAAGUUAUGCCUAUUGUCCUAGUGUCAUUAUUAAAAUGUACCCAUUCCACUCUCAAAAGUUUCCCUGUAUGAAUGGUAAAUCAUUCUACUAAUAAGGUGUGUUUAAAACAUUUAAGAGAUCUCCACCUCCACUUCUAUUGUCUUGGUUUAAGCUUCCAUCAACUCUCUUUAGACUAUUGUGAUAACCUCAAUUGGUCUCCCAGACUCCGUCAUCAUUAUAACAAUAAUAGCUGACUUGAUUGGACACUUUUAUGUGCCAAGCACUAUGCUCAGACUUUAUAAAGGUCGCUUAAUCCACACAACUCAUUGGGAGGUAGAUAUUCUUAUUAUCACAUUUUCCAGAUGAUGAACCUGAGCCAUAGAGAGGUUCAAGAACUUGCUUAAGGUCAUUGAGGUAGUAAGUAGCAGAGCUGGGAACUGAACCCAGUCUGUCUAACUCCAAAGUCUGUACUCUUGGUGGCUCUCUGAUUUCUUCCCAAUGCAUUUUCUUUCCAUACCUCUAAUAGAGCAGUCUUUCUGAAACAUAAAUCUGACUAUAGCUUCCCUUUGAUAAAACCAAACUCUUUGAUAUAAAUGACCAAGCCUAUUUCUCCAGCUUCUUCACUGGCCACUGCUCCCCUUAAACCUCAGGUUCCCACCAUACCCAAGUUCUGGUGGUUUCUGUAAUGCACAUGUAUUUAAAUACUGCAAGGAUGUCACAUAUCCUUCACUUUACCCAAAUAACUUUCCUUGUAUUUUCUACUAUUGUUUUCAUGAUACUUGCCCUUACUGAUGGAGUUCUUCCAUGCUACCACGGUACCCUGCAUGCCUGUAUUAUAGCAUUUCUCACAUCAUUGUACUUAUUUGUUUACGUGUCUAUCUCCUCCAUGGGACUAUGAACACUUUGAGAAUAGAUACCAUUUUAUAUUAGUUAGAGUUCUUUGAUGGCCAAUCCAGUAAGAAAAGCUCUAAUUUAAAUCAAAAAGAAUUGAUUGGAAGGAUAGGGGUUUGCUCACAGGAUCAAAGGGACAGCUGAAGAGCCAGUCUUAGAACAGCUCUGGGGAUUCAGGUAGGAGUGGCUAAUUGACCAUCUCAUCAAACCCUGCAGCAGGCUGGGUUGUUUCAGCAAAGGAAAUGGAGGGGUAUUACAAAACAACAACAUGGGGAAUGAAUGUCUGGCGGCUGAUAACAAAUGUCUGUCACAGGCUGACUCUUUGUUCUCUGUUGGAAGAGGCACUCUGCCAUGGGCCUCAGGCACCUCUGCACGUCCUUGCUAAGUAUGUCAGAUUUCAACGCCUGAUUGUCCUCUGACCUGGAGCUGUUUCUGUAGCUAGUCACAUAGGCAAUUAAGUAGGUCAAGGUGACUACUGCAUGACUACCUUACGACCACAUGCUCUCGGGGAGAGGGUGCUGGUUUAGUUACUGUUUGGUUACAGUUUGUUGAGCCCUCAGCCCUGGCUUCCUUAGCUGUAUGCAUCCACUGUGUGCAUGGCCCUCAUCUGGGCCCAUUGUGUUGCCCUGAGGGACUUGGGGUCAGGGCUGCUGGUAUCACGAUGCUGAUGCUCCUGCUGUUUGCUGUGUUAGUAACGAACUGUCUUGCUUUGACCCGCUGCAACUCAUUGUCUGCUUUGAGCUCCUUUGGGAUUGUGGUAAGUCACUCUGCUGGCUUGCUCAGUCAUUUUCUUUGGAGAAUUGUUUCUCCUUGCCAUCCUUCAUGAGACCUGGGUUCUCUGACACUGUCCAAACCCACAUACACUCUUAUUCUACAACUUUUUUCACUAUUAAAAGUAAUCUCCUACUAACAUUAUACCUCUAUUUUGGGGGAAAAGAUCUCUUUACAGAGAAAACAUGAAACUUCCUCAGUUACUGCAUCCAUUUCCAAAUCUGGGUUCACUGGGCCUGUCCAUUCGUCCCCUGGUUUGUUGAUCCCUUCCCUUCAUAUUCCAGAGCUUCUAGACCAAAUGGUUAAUUGAAUAGCCACAAACAUACCUUAUGUACAAAAAUGAGAGAAGGAGUAAUUUAAAUUGUAUGUAUUACUGCAAAGAAAGAAAUGUGAGUGGGAGUUUUAGUUCUUGUUUCUGAAUCUUGGUGACAAGGCAGUAGCUAGUGUUUAUGACUCCCUUCCUCUACAACCCAUUCCAUAUACUCUUUGCUCUGACCAGCGCCUCAGCUGGUUGGGGUUCUUAUCCUGGUAGGGAGACCACAAACCUUCAUUCCUGGAAAACCCAAGGCCUGAUGGUCUUGCACGUGUAGAGUCACGUGCUCUUCUGUUAACUAAGCAGGUGCUAUAAAAAGGCAUCUCAGGGAUUAUCUGGGUUCCAUUCCUACUCCUCCUUGCCCCCACCUUGUAGAAGCAACUCUUUUUGCCUUCAGUAAGAGUCAGUCCACUCCUAACAGCUCCAGAACCCCCUUUUAUACAUAAGCACUAUGUUCCCCUAAUGGCAAGAGGAGCCCAAAAUGGCAGCAUCAGGCUCGGUUUUCAUUCAGUGGAAUGAUUUUUGUUGGCCCUGGUGGAAUUGUUUCCACCCUUCGGUAUUAAAAUCUCCAAACUUCAGACAUGCUGGUUAUGAAAUUUUUUCGUACAACUCUUUCUUAGCAAACUCCUGAAGGACGUACUCUGUUAAAAUGAAGUAAACUCAGAAAGAGGAAAACAUGGACCCAGAAAAGAGAUGGGUUCAAUGAGCAAAGAAGUGAAGAGACAUGCAGGAUGCUGAAGGGAGAGCCCACAAUGACAGCAUAGCAGUCAGGGCUUAUUGGAGCAAAGAGGGGACUCUGCUAAUACAUCUUCACAAAGGUCAAAUUGGUGGGAUGCCUCAUAUGUUUAGAGUUACACAUAUGGCAGAAUUUAGGGGUGUAUUAGGAAUAGGUAUACAAAACCAAGCAAACAAAAAGGUGACAAAUUAUUAACUCCAAGAGGAAAAGUUGUACAAAAAAGAAUAUGUCAAGUAUAUACUUUAUGAUUAUUCAUAAUACUUAAACAUGGAAUAUAGAUUUAAUCAAAGAUAACAAGAACUAUAUUUGG